CUAUUCGAAGUGCCUCGGCUUUUGCCUCAGCUUCUGCUUUUUGUGCCUCUUCAAUUCGGAGUGCCUCAGCUUUUGCUUCGGCUUCUGCCCUCUCGGCCUCUUGGACUCGAAGCGCUUCAGCUUCUGCUUCAGCCUUUUGAACCUCAUCUAUUCGAAGUGCUUCAUCUUGCGUCCUGUCAAUGCCUUUCACCUCUUCGACUUUUGACGCUGUCUGUUCCUCUACCAACGAUUGAGGAAUGGAAGCCGUUGCAAUCGCGGCUGUUGUGACUCCUUCUUCGACUGCUGCCAUUCUCGUCCCUGCCUCUCCAACUGAUAUUCUUGCCGAGGUAAUAGCUUCGCCGGGUUCUGAUGAAGUUAUGGGAGUGGUUGAUACAGUUUCUCUUUUUGCGAUCUCUUGGUCGUUCAAAUAGUCAGCCAAUCCAUUCCAAGCGGUCUUUGUCUUUUCUUCCAGGUGUGCUUCUUCUAAUUUCGCUUCGGCGGCCUUAAUUUGUUCUUCCAAAUAGGGCAACACUACUUUCGAUUGUUUUUGUACCUGCGUAUUGACCGAAGCAAUCAAUUCUUUGGCUUGGGGUGGUACCUGUGCUUCUACCUGUCGUUUAGCCCCGUCCAGAAAUUCACUUCCAGCUUGUCCCCCUAGGGUAACCGUGGCUGCAGCUGUUGUAGCAGCAGCCAAGGUUGCAACGCCUCCUAGCACGCUAUUGUUGUUAGAAGUCGAUGAUGACUUAUCUUUCGAUUUGCUCUGUUCCUGGUUCUGUUGUAUAUUGCUGAUUGAAUACGUCGGCCGCUUAGGGGGUUCUUCUCCUCGUUGGAUCGCGCCUUGCGUCGGUUGUUCAGGUUGCUCCUGAAUUUUCGUCGAUGUAUCUACUUCAGGUGCAGCGGUCGAUGGGGUUGCGUCUAAAGUUUUCGCUGCCACAGGUGCGACAGUCGACCCAGCUAUAGAUGACGAGGCCGGUUGCGAUACUGUUGCCGAAGAUGUUCCUUCCACCGCUGCCUGUUUUGUUUUGAUCAUAUCUGUCAACUCUUCCAAGAAGGCCAGCUGUUGAUCGUAGGGCAAUGUAGUCGUGUAGGAGAAUACAUCUUCACUGAAGGUUUGGCUGUUAGAAGCAGAAGAGAAAUAGGACGAUCCCACCGGCGGAGUUUUUAGCAAUUCAUAUUUGGUACCCCUAACGGUGGAUAUCACGUCACCGGCCUUGACACCGCCCUCCAAACAAUUUGGAUCUACCAACGACGUCGUAAUAAUUUCACCGUCGGGAACCAGAGGAUGAUUCAUGGACCGACCCGUAAUUUUUCCAUCGCUUUGCACUUUCCAAUCGACCAGCGAGGGCGUUGCGUUUCUCGUGCUUUUGGCGCUGUUGUAAUUCUUCUCUAUACUAUUUUGAAGGCUUUUGCUCAUCUUCUCUAUUUCUUCUUCCGCAGGGGAGGAAGAUGCAGAUGAAAUAGUUUGACCACCUCCAGUUCUCCCUCGCCACCUGAGACCACCACGGAAAGGGUUGAAGGAGAAAGACUCAACAAAUAUCAUAUUCAUCGACGACGUCGAUGAAAGACAAAUCGUUGCGGCAGCGGCGGCCGUUGUUGCGAGCAAGAAUAAAGCUCGCUUGUUCGCAUCACAACGAUUUCGAUUCUGCCGACGGUGUUGCUUUUCACAUUCUAAACUCCGUCGCUUCCUCUGAACUGUCGGCCCGUUGUCUUCAUCGUCAGCAUCCGUGGAGGGAGCAAUCGACGGCGCUGCAACUGUUACAGGGGAUCUCAUUAUAUGUGCUUUUCUCUGUAAAAUAUCGACAUCAUUCGUGUCGUUUAUGAUGUGGUUCUUUGCUUCGGGAUCAUUCAUAAUCGGUCGUCUCUCGUCCCGUAUCGGAUUCGGACCAUGCGAUUGGAAAUGUUAUGGCCGUUGUCGGCUGAUGGUGAUUCUCGUUUGAUGAAGUUCCCUUGCGUCGCUCGGUGACGAGCUGUAGGGAAGUGCGCUUGCGUCAACUAUUCGUUCUCUUCCGGCACUCGUACGAGUACUCGUAGUCAAUCAAAAUCCAUUCUUUUCUUUAAAAAGUAAAAAGUUUGGAAUACCGUUAUUCUCGUCCCUGAUGCAGUUGACGUCAGUGCUUCGACUGAUGCUCCCUUACAGCUAUGGUACCGUUCAGUACGAAAAACAGUACCAGACUCUACAGGUACUCGUAGUGGAGAACAAUUUUGAUGGCCCAAGUCGUCUCCGAAACUGUGCGCUGUGCGUACGAGUACUCGUACUCGUAGCCACAGCAGAAGAAAUCAGAUUGGUUGCGGCCCACAGGUGUUCAGAGGGGGAUUUUGUUUCAUAUUAGACGUUUUCUUAGAGUUAGGGAUACAAUAGGAAUCAAGCAAUCUGAUUGGCUAAUUAGACAGAUCAAAAUUAUCGAAAACUGUACACUACUCCCCUUGAUAUCCAAAUUUCUCGUAGAAUCCUACGUGGAAUUUGUACUAGGAAUCAAUAUUUGCUUGGUUUUUUGCUUGUUUUGCUGGCUUGUCACGUUAAACAAUCACGGUAAUUACCACCACCAGUACCUACUCCUAUUAACRAAGCUAUCCUCCUCUUUGUGUGUCUGUUGGCGUCACUGUCGAUAGCACCAAGUGCCUCUGUUACUCAUGGAACGUCCACGAUAGAAUGAUGGUAGUCGUUAGCGUGGAAGAUGCAACAGACAGGAACACUACUAGUACUAGUAGUAUCCUUCCACGAUACUAGGCGACAGCAGGAGGAACACUCGCCGUAUCGAUGGUGGUGAAGCGAGGACGAUACUGUACUAGCAAUCCCUCACAAUUCUAGAAUGAAUGAAUUACCAACUCCUUUUGCUAGUAGUACUAUUAAUCUAACCAUGGGAAACGAAGUAUCUGCUGAAACUAUUGCUGCUGCUGGUGCUGCUUCCUCUGCUGCUGCUGCUGCUGCUGCAGAACAAAGAAACGCCGGAACGACUCCCCCUGAGCCCCCCCCCCCUCCUCAAGACGAUGUUGACAAUAACAGCAAUGAGAGACGUGUUGCUAUCGACUUACUAGGUCUAAAGGCAACAGAGUCAAAUGUCAACAACAAGGAUGAUGAAAAUGGUGGUACAAGAAGUAACAAGAACUUUCAAGAAGAUGCUGCUGCUGCUGGUGCUCCUCCUCCUCAACCACCAGGAACCACGGCCGCUACUGCUUUUGCUGCUGCUGCUGCUCAACCACCAGGAACCACGGCCGCUACUGCUUUUGCUGCAGCUGCAGCUGAAGAAGAGAUAGAUCAAGGAGGAGAGCUUCACAAGGAUGUUGACGAGGACAACGAUGACGAUGAUGAUUCUAGUACUGAAUCAGAGCCCAGCGAUGAUGGGACGAAGAAAGGAGGGACAUCAUUCGUGCCAGUGGUGAAAACAGUGUACGAAGACAGUGAGCAGGAGGAAGAGCAGGAAGAGCAGGAGGAAGAGGAAGAGCAGGAGGAAGAGGAAGAGCAGGAGGAAGAGGAAGAGCAGGGGAUAUCCGUGGGCCAGCGGAGGAGAGUAUCCAAUCGAAUCAAGGCAAGGCAAGCAGCUGCAGCAAAAGCAAGCAAGCRAGCUUCUUUGUUGAGAGAAAGAGCUCCUUCCGCAACAAAAAAAGCUAUGAUCAAAGAAGCAACAAAGCUUGGAACUGAAAUAAGAAGAGCAGCAAAGAAAGAAGGAAAUCUUGGUAAGCUUGAACGUCUUGCCACUCGUAUACUUGAGAGAAAAGGAAGUCUCCAAAGUGGCUAUGCRCUGCGGAACAGGACCACUGGGAGGCUUUCCUUGCCCACAAGAAGCACCGCAAAGAGAAAGGAGAGGAGUGGAGAACAAGCAAAGAAAGUGCAGGAGGAACCAAAGGCGCAGGAGGAGGACGAGGAAACAGCAAAAGAGACUCCUGCAGAAGAGACUCCGACCAAAAAGAAGAGCAAAAGAAGAAAAGUAGAUACAAGGCCAUCUUCAGUGAACUGUGUGAAGGAUCGAACUGUUCGAGCUAAUGUAGUUUCAAAACACCUGAAUGAAUUGCAGUAUUGCAGCACAUGGGCAAAGAAGAUUGAUCGUGAUGAGAAGCCCAAAUCACAGCACUUCAUGUUUACAUACGAUGAGAUGGUGGAGCAGCCACACUGUUCUGAAAAUAGUAGAAUCAGAAGACCUGCUGGGCCUUGUGUUAUUUUCCUCUGCCCAGAAGAUUUUAAAUUGAAAGAAUUGGGUCGACAACUAAUCAAAGUUGGAAAAGGAAUGACUGAAAACAAACAAGACGGGUAUCGCGUUACUAAGGAUCCAGAUGAAUAUCAUGAUCUGGUGUUCGGUAAAAGGGACAAGAAGAAGGAGUCGAAACCUUARUUCAUACAACACGUAGUAGUAAUAUAGUUUAYAUUUAGUUUAUUUUGGAUACAACAGCAAACGUCCUCAAGAGUAGAAAAUACUGGUAUAAGUCGUCGCUGGUGCCGCUGGCAAGCGCCGCCCUCUGUUGAACUAUUCGUCGCUCAAGACUGACCGUAACGCCAUUUGCAGUGUCAGCAUGAGUCAUUCAUUCCACAGUCGCACACUCAAUAGUAAAUGCAACGUCCCUACUUCCUACCCCCAUGAGCAGUUGACACAAAGGAGCGGAUCAAAGGCCCAAUUUUAUUGUAUUCAUUUACUGAAAACUUAAAGAUCAGCCUCUCUACACCGGAACCAAAAUCUCCAGUGAUCCUCAUCCUUCCAAACAUAUGGUUUCCAUUUGCACUAGCCACACGCCUGAAGUCAAAAGAGCAUGCGGUGGCUUUCAGGUCAAUCAUAAACAAAGGUUCUUGUGGUAAUGGAUCUGUAAUGAAAACCCAAUAGCUCAAUCCUUGGCCAUCAAAGAUCCUUAGGAUUCUUUCGUCAUCAACACAAAGAAAAGCUUCUUCAGCAAAUYGCGUGGGUCUUGCUCCAUCUAAGAGGUCUCGGAAACACAUUGCACAAUAGAACGUCUUGAUGUUGGCAAUCGGCAUACUGAUCGGGUUCCUUUGCUUGGUGUUGGCGGUGUACAAUAUUAUGAUAUGGCGUCUAGUAGACAAGAGUUGAAACCRAAGCAAUCGAAAGAUUGGAAACAAAUAGUUCAAAAUUUUUAUUCACUUCAAAAUUUGAAGAGCUGGCAGGCGUCGACUGCCAACACCAAAAAUUUGACUUGUUCAAAUGCGACACUCAUUCACUGAGAUUCGAUGUUUGCUCUCCAGACAUAGUACCAUAAUUUGAGAACCGUGAAAAAGAAACAAGGAGCAAACGUCAAUCUCAGUAUGAAUACUAACUCAACCCCAAAAUUUGUUGACGUCGGAAAUGGCAAUAUCAAGAUUGUCUUGAGCAACUUUAGUGGUGAACUGAUUGCAAGAGAAAUCAUUGGGUUGACAAGAUACACCGGUUGUCCUAUUCCUAGUCCUCCAAAGCAACCCAAUGAGCCCGUCGAAUCCAAACGCAGUCCUUCUGGUUCUGAUAAACCGAAAAACAAGGUGGGAGGAGCAGAUAAAGAAAGAAAUGCGUCCUCUCAGCCACCAGUUGAAGAGGGAAUCGACUAUCCAGAUCAGGAGGAUACCAGUUCAGUCAAUCUCUUGGAAGACAGUGGUGGUAGCGACGAAGAUACUGUUUAUGGAUUGGCACAAACCAAUCCGAAGAAGGGUCUUGAUGUUUCUGUUGCUGAUGACGAUGACAUUGAGUACGAGCCCGAGUUAUCCCAGCAAGUCUGUUAUUGGAAGUAUUAAAGGAGGUGAACACUUAGCGUACAGUUCUUUAAAGUAGCAUUUAGUYGCUCAAUUACAUUACACAAGAAGACUCUAUUCUUUUGAUCAAUGCUAGCAGGACAUAGUCCUGGACACAUGGUAAUCUCGCAACUCCGAGGUGCGCUGAUCACAAAUGUGAGUGACGGCAUCCGCCAAAAAUAAUGAUGGUAUGAUUCAAAAAUCAAGACUAAAAAUUUCA